AUGCUGGUCCGAAGCGCGAGUUGUCUAGGGGCGUCAUCAGAUCGCCUCUCCUCGUACACUAGGACCGGACUUCGGGAGAGAGAGCGCGGAGAAGGUUUCGCCUCCAGUUCUGUUCCUGAGCCCGACAUGUUUACGUUGUGCAUGUCACGCGGUCCUCCACCCUUACAGGAUAGUUCUCAGAAAUACAAUGUUGGCAAGAAGAAGCAAAUCAAAUGCGGUUAUUUGCUACGUUAUAAAAGAGGUUUCCUCUGUAAAGGCUGGUGCGAAGAAUGGGUGGUGCUAUUUGAAGACUCGACUCUAGCUUGGUACGCGGACAAAAGCCUCAACAGACUCAGAGGAUGCGUAAGAAUAAGUGAAGCACCCGAACUACUAGCAGUGGGAGAAUGGACGCGACAGGUACCAAGAAAACCGCGAUUUCCUAGGGCUUGUCACGUAGGGCAACUGCUGGCUGUCGGUUGCAAGAUGGUACGCGACGUUCAUUGGUUGAUGGGACAAACUUCUGCCGAAAUUAACGACUGGAUGACAGCUAUCAGCAAUACGCUUCCACCUCCACCGAAUGUCCUGUUUGAUGAAAAACGACUGACUCGUGUGUCUAUGGCAAAUGGUCGUGCGAAUCCUGUUCCGAACGGUUGCGCCACAAUUAUCCCGAACGGAAAAUGUCCUACGGUCAAGCAAAACGGUUCGGCCAAAAUGCCAGCGUCGGCUUGUAGUUGCGACUACGUGAAACCCAAAGGCAAAAAGGCUGGAAAAUUUGAAAAUGAUCAUACCAUAUUAGCAGGUGUGUGCGUUGAUUGGGGACACGGGUACGGUUGGACUGCGCAGAUGGGCCCGUCUCCAGCCGUUGCGCCGCAAAUUUCGUUUAGCGCAGACGUUGCUCUGAGCAGCUCAGUUUUCUGUCACGCGGCGGAUUACACAAUGUCUGGAGGCUACGACGACGCCGAUUGGAGCGCCUUUGGAGAUUUCUGUUUUUAAGAUAUGUAUUUCCGAUGCCCGGGACUUUGUCUUUGAUUGCACAACAGAAAAGACAAAUAAAAUCUCUAUAGUGCGUUUCAAAAGCCUUAGUUUAAGGGCUAUGAAGAGAUUCUUUAUGUCCUCUAAGCCUUUUGAACACUCGGUACGGAUACCUGACUGAAUUUUGAAUUUAUUUAAGAUUAGGUAUUAUUAGGGUGGUGCUUCCACGUCUAGAAGUUAUUGAUUUGUCCAAGACUAUGACGCGCAUGUCCACAUUGAAAAAAAUAUAUAUUAUAUUUUAGAUAUUACACACUUCACUUCAUGUUUUUGUAAAUUUUUAUAAUAUUAUAAAUUUUGUUAAGAAUACAAAAAAGUUAAUCUAGCACAAAACUUAUGGCACUAGAUUUAGAUUGAAUUAAGAAAUGCAUUAAAACUAAAUCAAAUAUCGCUUCAGCUACAUUUCCCCAGUGCUUAUCCAGAGCUUUAGUAGAAAAAUCAACUGUAUUCCAGGUUAAUCUCUUAUUGAUACUGGUAGCUCUGAGAGUUUCUUAGAUUAUGAGGUUGCUCUUGAAAAUAAUCUUCAAAUUUAUCCAUCCUUUGGCCUUGUUUGUAUGGCUUCAACUUCUUGUUCUUCUGAUAUAAAAGGAUUUUGUUUGGUUAAUUUCCAACUAUUCGAUUAUAGUUAUCCUAAUUUAAAGCUUUCUGUCCUACCAAAACUGUGUACUGAUGUUAGAAUUGGACACGAUGUGAUGAAACAACAUGAUCGAGUUGAUAUGUUCUUUGGUCUUGGGUCAAAUCCUACUUUAUCAAUUUGCUGCCUUAUUGAAGCUAAAGUAGAACCUGUUUCAAUAUUUUCUAGUUUAUCAAAAGACUGCAAACCAAUUACUACGAAGUCUCGGCGUCAUUCAAGAUCAGUCCUUCAUUCAGGCGGAAACUAAGAGACUACUUCAAGAAGAAAUUAUUGAAAGCAGUAUUUCACCUUGGCAUGCUCGAGUUUUGGUUACAAGAAACGAAAAUCAUAAACGCAGAAUGGUACAGUGGACUAUUCUCAAACUGUUAAUAAGUAUACAUUGCUAGACGCAUAUCCAUUACCUAAUAUUGAGACCAUCGUUUCCAAAGUCGCAAAAUUUUAAGUCUUCAGUAGGAUUGCUUUAAAAAGUGCGUAUCGUCAGUAUCCAAUACAUAAUGAUGACAAACCUUUACAGCAUUCGAAGCAGGUGGACGACUUUAUCAGUUUCGACGCAUCCCUUUUGGACUAACGAAUGGAGUAUCCGGCUUUCAAAGGGUUAUUGACAAUAUAAUUGAGAAAAAGCGCUUGAAAGCUGCAUUUGCUUACCUCCUUCACUUCACCUUGUAUGUAGACACUGGCAGAUUGCUACGGUCUGUGUGAUCUUUGUACCCCAGACAACCGAAACGUAGGUUAUCAUUGGUCUGAUUACAAUUUUGUAUAACCAUAGAUUCCUCUUUGGGUUAAGUCCCCAGCUUUUUCACAAAGCCUUCUGCAUCUCCCAAGGAAAUUUUAGCCUACUAGACAACUUUGUUGAGACACUAUCUAACAGAUCUUCCAUAUUCAAAGUAAAUACUUCACUCUUUUAAAUUGACUGCUUCCCAAUCAUUUCCUAGUGCCCUUGCAUUUUUUUUUUAACCAAAAAACAUUGCUCAAUAAUUUAUAUUUUUGAAACCUAACUAAAUAUAAGGGUAUGCUUCGACAAGAAUCAGAUUACCUGCUGAUUCUUUGACGAAAAGAAAAACAUUCAAUUGAACGUCUGAGCCUAGACACAAACAAAAGUUUGUAUGAUUGGUUCAACAACAUACUUUAUAUAUAUAGCAACAUAGCUAAAUAUACGAAAUCUAUGUGUAGUUUUAGAACCACAAUCUAUUGUCAUCAGAUGUAUUUAGUUUUAUUAUAAAAAUAUAUAGACGUUUUAUGUAUAACCUUAUAGGUAUGUGGAACAAUAUGCCCUUACGCCCUUAAUAGUAUUAUAGACUUACCAUUUUCAUUCAACAAAAUUUAAUUGAUCUCUAUGUACCUUAAAAAAAAAUAAUAUUAAAGAAAAAUGGAACUGUAUAAAAUAUAAUUAAAAUACUUAUAAUAUAUAAAUGUAUAGGAGAAUUAGUUUUAAAGCAUGUUUAGACUGAAUAAAUUUAGAUAAAAAUAGUUUUAUGAAUAAUUUCCGAUUUAUACACAAUUAAAACAGUAAACUAAUUUUUCAUAAAUUUGUAUUCUGUUCUGAAAAUAAGCACAAAAAUCCCUUGAAGGGAAAAGUAAUUUAAAAUACAAAAGUACAGUUAUUACCAGGAAAGAUUUGUUAUGUUAAGAACUGAAAUAAUGAAUAUAAAUUUACUUUUGUGUUUUAUUGUACCUACUAUGAUUUAGAAUAAAAUAAAUGUUUUCUAAUUCAUCUAAUUAUUAAUCGAUACGGUAUAAUAUUAACUGGAUGUUUAUUGUAGUAGACAUUGCGAAUCCACUGCCAAUUAAAAGAAAAAAAAAUCCUAAACGUUAUAACUUCUACUCUAAGAUAUAAGGUUUGUUCCAAUUAUAAUCUAUUCUGUGAAUCAACAUCUCGAUGCAUUUCGGAUUAUGUUGGAACAGAUCUCAUGAUUUUCAAUUAAACUUAUCCUUGUACAUGUCCCUAUUGUUUUUCUUUAAAAUAUUUCACAUUAUCUUAGUCUGGUCGGCGGCGACAAUUUUGCCUAUACCUCAUGGAGUUACCUACUCUAUAAAUGUAUAAUAACUAACGCCUGAAAAUAGUUAAUUAAUGAUAUACAUACGUGAUUCGAUUAUGUAGGCAAAAUGAUCACUGCCGACCCCUCUAUUCAUAAAUUAAUGAUAAAAAAAAAUGGAUAAUCUGUACCCUGUGACCC